AUGUCUCGUCUAGGUAAACGUCAUCCGGACUUGCUCUGCUGCAACUUCAACCAGGACUUCUCAUGUAUCGCAGUAGGACAUAAGAAGGGAUAUACUAUACUCAACUGUGAUCCAUUUGGGAAAGUGCAUUCCAAAAAUGACCAGGGUGCUACCGGUAUCGUGGAGAUGCUGUUCUGCACAUCGUUAGUCGCCUUGGUCGGAGCAGCAGACACUCAACCUUCGAAUAGUCCAAGGAAAUUACAAAUCGUUAAUACCAAGCGUCAAUCGACUAUCUGCGAGCUCAUCUUUCCGACAUCCGUCCUUGCCGUCAAGAUGAACAGGAAGAGAUUAAUAGUGGUAUUGGAGAAUGAGAUCUACAUUUACGAUAUAUCGACCAUGAAGCUGUUACAUACCAUAGAGACUGGUCCUAAUCCAAACGCCGUCUGUGCGCUCUCCUCCUCAUCCGAACACUCCUACCUAGCCUAUCCCUCACCAGCACCUUCAGCAUCCUCCGCUCCACUCUCAUCCAAUGCAGUACCCGCAGCUCCUCCAGCGCCUACCACAGGAGAUGUCCUUCUCUUCGACACCAUAACCCUGUCGGCGCUCAACGUUAUCCAAGCUCAUAAAACACCUAUUGCCGCUCUUGCCCUGAACUCAACCGGUACCAUGUUAGCUACAGCUUCAGAUAAAGGGACAGUCGUACGAGUGUUUUCUGUACCGGAUGCCAAGAAGCUAUGGCAAUUCCGCAGAGGUACCCAGAGCGCUAAGAUAUAUAGCAUGAACUUCAACCUGGCAAGUUCCUUGUUAGCCGUAUCAUCCGAUUCCUCGACUAUACAUAUAUACAAAUUGGCCAAUAACUCGAAAGGAUCAUCAGGAAUAACAAACUCGAGUAAUCAGAAUCCAGAUAUACCUGAACAUGUUGAUGGAGCUAGAUCACCUACACCUUCUGACGCGCCAUCGAACUCCCCUCCUCUCUCAUCAGCCAAAUUAAGUGAUAAUCACAGUGCGACAUCCUCCCUGCGAAGGAGAUCCUACCAUAUUGGUAAAUCCUUCGUAGGGGGUGUAGGUGGAUAUUUACCUAGAAGUGUAUCGGAGAUGUGGGAACCUCAAAGAGAUUUCGCUUUUAUCAAAUUGAGAGGGAAUGGUGCGAGAACUGUUGUAGCCAUGAGCGGGACUGUCCCCCAAGUGAUGGUGAUAUCUGCGGAUGGGUUGUUCCAAGCGUACAAUAUUGAUUUGGAAAAUGGAGGAGAAUGUACGUUGAUGAAGGAGUUUGCAUUGCUUGGCUCCGAAGAUUCAGUGGGUAACGCUUCACUGGGUAUGUGA